AUUCAUCACAGAGGGAGAUAGAUUGGCUCAUUGACCAAGUCUGCAGAAUUGCGAAUAGCAGCACGAUGAGCUCAUCGAGGAAAUUGAACGUGGUUUCGCCGGUUCCCGCCGAUAUCGACAUCGCGAACUCCGUCGAGCCUCUUCACAUCUCCGAGAUUGCCAAAGAUCUCAAUCUCGAUCCGCUUCACUACGAUCUCUACGGGAAAUACAAGGCUAAGGUUCUAUUGUCCGUGCUUGAAGAGCUCCAAGAACAAGAAGACGGAUACUAUGUUGUGGUUGGUGGGAUUACUCCCACUCCACUCGGAGAAGGCAAGUCUACUACCACAGUAGGACUUUGCCAAGCCCUCGGGGCACACCUCAAUAAGAAGGUCAUGACCUGUCUUCGUCAACCCUCACAAGGACCGACCUUUGGAAUCAAAGGUGGUGCAGCAGGUGGCGGGUACAGUCAGGUGAUUCCGAUGGAUGAGUUCAAUCUUCACCUUACUGGAGAUAUUCACGCUAUAACUGCUGCAAACAAUCUUUUAGCUGCUGCUAUUGAUACUCGGAUUUUCCACGAGGCAUCCCAAUCCGACAAGGCUCUUUUCAAUAGGUUAUGCCCACCAAAUAAAGAAGGAAAACGGACAUUCUGUGACAUCAUGUUCAGGCGUUUGAAGAAGCUUGGUAUCUCCAAGACCAAUCCUGGAGAUCUUACUCCCGAGGAGAUAAAGAAAUUUUCCCGGCUUGAUAUUGAUCCUAAUUCUGUCACAUGGAGAAGAGUGAUGGACGUUAAUGAUCGGUUCUUGAGGAAAAUUACUGUUGGGCAAGGCCCUGAGGAAAAGGGGAUGACGAGAGAAACUGGGUUUGACAUUUCGGUUGCCAGUGAAAUUAUGGCUGUUCUGGCUCUCACGACAUCUCUAGCUGAUAUGAGAGAGAGGCUCGGGAAAAUGGUGAUUGGUAAUAGCAGAGCUGGGGAUCCGGUAACUGCAGAUGAUCUCGGGGUUGGAGGUGCCUUGACUGUUCUGAUGAAGGAUGCUAUCAACCCUACUCUCAUGCAGACGCUUGAAGGAACACCUGUCCUUGUUCAUGCUGGCCCUUUUGCGAAUAUUGCCCAUGGAAAUUCGUCUAUCAUUGCUGAUAAGAUUGCCUUGAAGCUAGUAGGACCUGGUGGGUUUGUAGUUACUGAAGCGGGUUUUGGUUCAGAUAUCGGAACAGAGAAGUUCAUGAACAUUAAAUGUCGAUACAGUGGACUAACGCCUCAAUGCGCGAUUGUUGUUGCGACUGUGAGGGCCUUGAAAAUGCAUGGUGGUGGACCUGAGGUUGUUGCUGGGAAGCCUCUUGACUCUGCAUAUAUAAACGAGAAUGUUUCCCUGGUUGAAGCUGGAUGUGUGAAUCUAGCCAAGCAUAUUUCAAACACAAAGGCAUACGGUGUCAGUGUAGUUGUUGCUGUGAAUAAGUUUUCGACAGAUACUGAAGCAGAACUAAAUUCAGUGAGGAAAGCCGCAUUGGAUGCCGGUGCAUUUGAUGCUGUGAUUUGUACUCACCAUGCUCAUGGUGGGAAAGGAGCGGUUGACCUCGGUAUUGCAGCGGAGAAAGCUUGCAAGAGCAUGACACAGCCGCUUAGGUUUUUGUACCCAUUGGACACUAGCAUCAAAGAAAAAAUUGAGGCUAUAGCCAAUUCGUAUGGAGCUAGUGGAGUUGAAUACUCAGAGCAGGCCGAGAAGCAGAUUGAGAUAUAUACCAAGCAAGGGUUCUCUAAUCUCCCGAUCUGCAUGGCGAAAACCCAGUACUCGUUCUCACAUGAGGCGUCAAAGAAAGGAGCACCAACAGGGUUUGUGUUACCGAUAAGAGAUGUGAGAGCCAGCAUUGGAGCUGGUUUCAUCUAUCCACUGGUCGGUACGAUGAGUACAAUGCCUGGACUCCCAACGAGACCUUGCUUCUACGACAUUGAUCUCGAUACUUCUACUGGAAAGGUUAUCGGUCUCUCUUGAUUCUCUGCAUCAUCGAGAUCACUCUGCUCGUUGUCACCCUUCUUGUGAAAUGCAAUAAGGCUUUCUGGGUGGGUAUCAAUCAGUCUUUGUAAUAAUAUGUUUCAUCAUUCCAACUCUUGAAGUUUGUGGGUGGGUUUUUUGCUUCUUCACAGGAACAGCUUUGUGUCAUGUCUCUUUAACGUUGUCCCCUCUGAAUAAAAAUCCUUCUAUAAUGGGUUUUACUGCCCAUUUGUUUGAUUC